UAUCCGAUGAUAGUAUACCCGCCGAUACGACCCUCCUUGUCUUCAUCCGCGAAUAUGCGAAAUUUCGAGGCACAAAAGCGAUGUGUCAUGCAGGUGAUUGCGGUGCUUGUGUCGUAAGUGUAACAUUCAAGGACAAAACGAUAGCCGUAAAUUCCUGUCUUGUAUUGGUAUUAACCUGUGACAGCUGGAAUAUUGUAACGACUGAAGGUCUAGGUAACAAGCGAAACGGUUAUCAUGCAAUUCAAGCUACACUUGCUAAAAAAAAUGGCUCGCAAUGUGGAUAUUGCUCUCCUGGCAUGGUGAUGAAUAUGUACAGUCUCGGGAAAGGUUUGUCUAUGCAGCAGAUCGAAAGUUCAUUUGGUGGCAACAUUUGUCGAUGCACUGGAUAUCGUGCAAUUUUGGAUGCAUUCAAAGGACUUGCCACCGACGCACAUCCAUCAACGGUGAAGGAUACUCAAGAUAUUGAGGAGUUAUACAAGAUCAAACCUUGCCAGAAAAAUAAAAUGCCAUGUGUACAUAGUUACUACGAUAAGCAACCUUCCGACGAAAAAAAGUUGAGCAUAAAGUUAGACGACGCACUUUUCUACAAAGUUACCACGAUCAAGGAUUUAUUUACGAUAUAUAAUAAUAAUCCAAACAUAACUUAUAUAUUAAAUGGAGGAAAUACUGCACAUG